CGAUACAUACAUCAUACAUUUACAGUUGGCUUUGCUCCUUUAAAAGUAGCGCAGUCCUCGAUAACCCAUUACUUUAUUUAUUCCCAUUUCUCUUCUUUCAGCUCAGAUCUCCGCUCUCCAAUUAAAAUGAAGACUGCAGUGUUGAGAUCUGCCGGAGCAGCUUUGAGGAGAAGUGCUGCUUCAUCAAAUCCAGCCCAUCUCCUCCGUAGAUCAUGCUACUCCACUGGCUCACAACCCGAACGCAAAGUCACCAUCUUAGGUGCAGCCGGUGGGAUCGGUCAGCCACUCUCUCUUCUUAUGAAACUCAACCCUCUUGUCUCCUCUCUCUCCCUCUAUGAUAUCGCUAACACUCCUGGUGUCGCUGCUGAUGUCAGCCACAUCAACUCCCGUGCCCAGGUUGCUGGUUUCGCUGGUGAAGAACAACUUGGGCAAGCAUUAGAAGGAUCAGAUGUCGUGAUUAUUCCAGCUGGUGUACCAAGAAAGCCGGGAAUGACUCGUGAUGAUCUCUUCAAUAUCAAUGCUGGCAUUGUCAAAUCUCUGUGCAUUGCUAUUUCCAAGUACUGCCCCAAUGCGUUAGUUAAUAUGAUUAGCAAUCCAGUGAACUCCACUGUUCCAAUUGCUGCGGAGGUUUUCAAGAAGGCUGGAACCUUUGAUGAGAAGAAGUUGUUUGGUGUAACUACACUUGAUGUGGUUAGAGCUAAAACUUUUUAUGCUGGCAAGGCUAACGUACCAGUUGCUGAGGUUAAUGUGCCCGUGGUUGGAGGCCAUGCAGGCAUAACCAUCCUCCCUCUCUUCUCUCAAGCCACCCCUAAAGCCAAUUUGUCUGAUGAGGUUAUUACGGCUCUCACUAAGAGGACUCAGGAUGGAGGCACUGAAGUUGUUGAAGCAAAGGCUGGAAAGGGAUCUGCAACACUAUCAAUGGCCUAUGCUGGAGCCCUUUUUGCUGAUGCUUGCUUGGAGGGGCUUAAUGGAGUUCCAGAUAUUGUGGAGUGCUCUUUUGUCCAAUCAAGCGUCACUGAAUUGCCUUUCUUUGCUUCUAAGGUAAGGCUGGGAAAGAAUGGUGUGGAGGAAGUCCUUGGGCUGGGUCCUCUUUCCAACUUUGAAAAGGAAGGUCUUGAGAGUCUGAAACCAGAGUUAAAAUCAUCUAUAGAGAAGGGAAUUAAGUUUGCUAACCAGAGUUAGAUGAGUAAAUUACAAGCUUAUUUGGGACAAUAGUUCUUUCUAAGACUGUUAUCAAAUUUCUUUGUAUUCUUCAAGAAUAUCUGUACUCUUAACAAUUUCCUUGCUGCUGGAGUUGCAGAAUCUGCUUUCAUAAAGUGAACUACGCUUUUGAAGUUUGAACUCAGAGAUCCCAUUCUAUAAAUAAAAUUUUUGAGGCCUGUUUCUGCUGUGCA